UUCAUCCCCUGGAUUUUCUAAAUCCAGGACCCUCCACGCCACCUAACUGCCUCUUGCCUGGACUACACAUGCAGCAGUAGCAGACUUGGAGUGCCCCUCUCUCUCAUCCCCAAACAACAGUUGCAUCUUGCACAACUGUUUCUUGAUGGGUUUCUUCCUCUGAUACAUCAUUCCCUUGGGUGAUCUUUCCCUUUCCAGUGUGGUGCGAAGCGCUUUCCGGCGUAUAGCUUACCUUUGCUUGUGUGCUGUUCCUGAGUGGAAUAAAGCCAGAGCGUGCAUUCUUGUGGCUUGGGAUAGGUAGGAUUCUUCCUUCUUCCACAGCCAUGUGCUGGAUGCAGCUUUGAGCUUUGGUAAUUGCUUCUAGGCUCUAGCCACCCCCAGUCCCAGCUUUAGCCAUCAAGAUCCAGCACCAAAAAGUCUUGAGCUGCAUUGUAGUGAGGGUUUGUCUUGUCCCCUAGCUUGGCCCGCUCUUCACUCCUCAUAUUAUCUGUCCUUACUCUGGCACCAGAUCAAAGAUCAAGAACACAACUCCCUGUUUCCCGAGGAGAAAAGGAAUCAGGGACAGGAGGCUCAAGCAGCAGCAGACUCUCCUCAAGGUACUAGUGCUAAAUUACGCUGGAUUGGUGAUCUUUCUUGUGUUCUUUUUGUUCUGAAGAAGCUAUUUGGGGGGAAGCUCCUGUAUUAAUUGGGUCCAAGAGGGGCUACAGAUGCAACAAUCAUAAGUAUGAAGCAGAUGAAGCUUCUCUGAGGAAGGAAGGAAGGAAGAAGAAGAAGCUCUUGAUUUCUUUGCAUGGAGAAGGAGGCCAUGGGGGGGCAUGUAAAUAUAAUGCUGCCACUGGAGAACCUGAGCUCGGAUCUCCCCAACGGUGGAGUCGUACUUGGCCAUGACAAGGAAAUCUCAACUCUGCAUGAAGAGAUUUCUGCUCUGAGAUCGAGGCAGAGGCAUCUCAACCGGAGGAGACGUGAGGCGCUGGACAAGCUCAUAGACCUGAAAGGAAGCAUCAGGGUGUUCUGCCGAGUCCGGCCGUCGAUCUCAACCAGCAACAUCAAGAUCAAAUCACCAGUUACUGUCGAACAAGAGAACAUCCUAGUUCGGGCAGUGGGGAUCAAGAAAGAUUUCAGUGUUGAUCGGGUGUUUGAUCAGGAGUCAACGCAAGAUGAUGUGUUCCAUGACGUGAAGCCAAUCCUCCGAUCUGCACUUGACGGGCACAACGUCUGCAUCCUUGCUUUCGGCCAAACUGGGACCGGAAAGACCUAUACAAUGGAAGGAACUAGCGAUAACCUCGGCGUCGUGCCUCGAGCGAUUCAGGAGCUGUUCUCUCAUGCUGCUCAAGAUACUUCAUCCACAUAUUCUUUCUCCAUAAGCAUGCUUGAGGUGUACAUGGGAAGUCUCAGGGACUUGUUGGCACCAAGGCAGCAGCCUCUCUUCAGGUCCACAGAAGGCAAUACAACUUGUAACCUCAGCAUUCUAGCAACCACAAGUGGCUCCGUGCAAGUCGAGGGGCUUACCGAUGUCGCAGUACCGGACCUCAAGAAAGCCAACCAGUGGUACUGCAGAGGGCGGCGAUCCCGGUCGACAUCCUGGACAAAUGUCAACAAUGUUUCGAGCCGAUCACACUGUUUGACAAGAAUUACCAUAAGGAGAUGUGGAGGUGUGAGUGAGCAAGUCAGCAAGCUGUGGCUCGUGGAUCUUGGUGGCAGCGAGCGGUUGCUCAAGACUGGUGCAUCUGGGUUGACAAUGGAUGAGGGUAAGGCUAUAAACCUGUCUCUGUCAGCUCUUGGAGAUGUCAUCGCUGCACUAAGGAGAAAGAGAAGCCAUGUUCCAUACAGAAAUAGCAAGCUUACCCAGAUUCUCAGUGAUUCCCUCGGCGAUGGCUCAAAAGUUGUUAUGGUGGUGCACAUCAGCCCUUCCAAGGACGACGUGGGCGAGACAAUUUGUUCGCUGGGCUUUGCGAAAAGAGCCAUGCUGAUAGAAUCCAGCAGAGAGCUUUCAGAGGACCUGAAAAUGUUGAAGCGGAAGCGGCUCGCGGAGCUCGACAAGGAGAUGCGCGACGCCGAGCAGGAGCUCGGGGUUCUGAAUGAGCAAAUAAGGAUCGCCGAGACGUCGGCGGCGGAGGAGAGGAAGACGCUCUCUCCCUCCGUCGCCUGUCAGGCUCUCAGCGACGAGAAGGGGUCGCCCAGAAGCAUUCUGGUGUCAGGGCAUGUUGAUGAUGCCGCGGACAGCCCUCAGGCAACCCAGAGGGCCAAGAGCAGGAUGAUGGUCCAUCAUGGGUCAGUCCCUCACUUCAUGUCCGCAACGGUGUGCAGCCGUCAAAGGCACGGCGCGGCAACCCAUUCCGCCGGUAAACCGAGGCUGACAAGAUCAGUGAACGCCUACUCAUCUAAGCCCGGCGGGAGCCAGUCGUUCAGCCACUCCGCAUCCAAGGCUAGGUCGUCGGUGGCAUUCUCAUCCGGUGAGCCUAGGCUGAAAUACUUGUCUGUCAAAUCCGAUCAGAUCAACGUAAGCAGCAACAGCAUCGAUUCGACGGCGGCGUCGGCGCCUCGGCCUCGGCCAAGGGAGAGCUUUGUUUCCAGGCCGGUGCAGAGAGCUCCCCUGCAUCAGCACAGGAGAAGGAUGUCAUGCUUAACCUGAGCUCACAGAAAUACUGCAUACAGAUUGCAUACCACUGAUUGUGACUUGUUGUUUCGUGGCCAAAUGUUUUGGAAACUACCAUGUCUACAGCUGUUUGAUAAGUAGUUUGGUUGUGUUAACUUGUGUAACUACUGGAGGGCCCUUCCUUUGCUCUUUUUGGUUUCAAACGGAAGGGCACAAGGAUGUGAGCGUGAGGGGUAUGGUAAAUGUUGUAACUGUAAUUGGAUUUGGCUAAUUCUUUUGAUUGCUCUGUUGAAUUGUAAUUUGAAAAGGAAAAACAAAUGCAGUA